UAACGUGUUCUUUACCUCAAUUGAUGGAGCUAAGAAUCAAAGCGAGGUUGAAAUUUUAAUGAAAGCCAUAAUAAAAAAGUAUUAUAACGGAGAAUCCUUUGCAAUCCAUGCUUACAGCAAUAGGAGAUGCCACCACCACUUCAUCAUCACCUACUAUCCUAGAGGGGGAAGAAACUAAAGUGGUAUUUGCAUACUGGAGUAAAAUAUUGCCAUGGGAACAAACAGGGAGGAUCAUGGAGGAUCUGGGGUAACUUAUAAGGAAAUGGCAGAAGAUGAAGCCAAGGACAUUCAGAAUGUUUUUGUAGGACCUAUACACAAAUUAAUAGCAGAGAAUCCCAAGUCAAACAGUUUGGUUAUAAAGAAACCACAUGUGGUGAUUCCUCCUCAUAUCAUAGCAGAAGCCAUAUCAACGAUCCGUGAUAUUGACAUUAGAUGGUCAGGUCCAAUAACACAGAAAGAAAUGGAAUAUGUUGAGCAGUAUGUGUUGGCAAAGUACCCUGAAUAUGCUGGCCUAAUUGAAGGGGAUGGGAAUGGCAUAGACUUGUCUAGCUUUAUUAUCAAUGAGGAGCCUUCAGAAUCCAUGUCAGAUGACAGGAAAAAGUCACCAAGAGGGACCUUUAGAGAACCUUUGUUUGGUAGUAAUCUCCCUGAAAUGGAUAGGACCCAGUUGGAGCCAUCAAGAUUACUUGAUAUUCUCACCAAAAAAUCCUCCUUUCCAGGAAGUUUCAUCUCAAUCCCAGAAAUCCAAGCCCAAAACAAGGUUUUGAAGCAUUGUGGGUUGCCUGAUGAAGAGUACCUGGUUCUCUUUACUCCAAGUUACAAGGAUGCAAUGAUGUUGGUAGGGGAGAGCUACCCUUUUGUGAGAGGAAACUACUACAUGACAAUUCUUAGGGAAGAGGAAGACUAUAUCAGGGAAUUUGCUUCUUUUAAGGAAUCCAAGGUGAUUCUGGCACCCAAAACUUGGCUGGACUUGAGGAUAAGAGGGUCACAGCUUAGCCAAAAUUUUAGAAGGAAGUGUAAGGUUAGCCUGAAAGGCUUAUUUGCAUAUGAAGCAGAUGUGAAUGGGACUAAUCACUGGGUUUCAGAGGCUCAUAGGAACUACUGGCAUGUUCUGCUUGAUGCCUCUGCAUUGGUGCUGGGAAAGGACAGGUUUUGCCUUGGCCUUCACAGGCCUGAUUUCUUAGUCUGUUGUCUUGAUAACACUCAUUCCAAUCCUUCAAGAAUCACUUGCCUCUUAGUCAGAAAGAAAUCUUUUGACACCUCCACUGCUUCUUCUCAGGCCAAUUGAUGAGUGAGAAUGAAUACUCCUUUGAUAUUUUCAACCAAAACUUGAACUCCAUUGUCUUAACUUGUAUCAAGAACUCGGUUUAACAGUAAAUUUUCCUUGAGUAUUAUUCUGUAGAUUGAAUAAAACUUUUGACACAUACAGAGAAAACCCCUUAUGACUGGUUCAGAUGUAAUUCGGUAUUUGUAUUCGUGAUUGAUUACUGAUCAUUUGGGCGGUUUGUAUUUUACUACAAGGAGAAAUUCUUAUCCAUGCUUGGUUUUUGUGGCC